UUCAACUUUAGAGUAACACUGGGAGCUUUGGAGUAAAGGACAGACGGACUGAGCGCAGAACUCCACUGGCUGACUUAAGUGAUACUAUCCAGAGGAUUGGCCACUUUAAAGCUCUUUAUAUUUAAACUCUAUCCCUCUCUCUCAACAUGAACUUGUUGCAUUUGGUGGCUUGUGGACUUGUUAUCACCCUACUUUCAGUCAGGACGGGGGCGAAACCCAUCACACAGGCGCAACAAAAGAGUCUAAAAAAUUUACUGGGCGAGGAGCUGGCGGAGUUUAUGGAGUCAGAGGAGCGGGAGAGGAGACUGGAGAACGUGCGCUCUCGGUUACGCAUACUACGGGACCUGCGCAUGGACACGCGUGCCCGAGGGAUGUGGGCGCGCCUCCUGAACGACCAGCCCCCCCCAAGGAGAAACAAGUCGGGCACCAAGAAAGCGGGCUCCACGGCCCGGAGCGGCUGCUUCGGACACAAGAUGGACAGGAUAGGCACCAUCAGCGGCAUGGGCUGCUAGGGGCGGUGCAGAAGACAGUGUUUAACUCUAGACGAUGGGAAGGAACAAUGUGGACUCCGUUUGUUCUCGCCUGAGGGGGAAAAAAACGAUCAUCAAGAAAGACGACGGAUAUUUGGUACGAAAACGCCAUGACCAGCAUAAACGAGGACUGAGAUGACAGUGCUACUAUCCUGCAUAUAUCUAUAAAUAUAUACAAAAAAUAUAUAUGUUACACAUACACAACCAGCUCAUUACACGAAGAAAAGAACCACGAGACAACAGACUACGGUGUAAAAAAAACGAAACUACCAAACCGCAAAGCUGUAUAUUGUUGCUGCUGUACAUUCAUGUACUUCUUCCCUCCCCACACAUGCAUAAAUGUAUUUAUGUUUAAAAAAAACUAUUUAUAUGUUUAUAAAAAGAGAUAUUUAUAAUAUGUUUUAUUUAUGUAACAUUUUGAAAAUGGAUGCAAACUGCAGGUCUUUGUUUGUAUUCUGUUCGUAACUUUUUUUUCCGUUUGUCUCCAAUAGUUGUAAAUGUUUUCAAAAUGAUAAAAGAACAUUCCAUGUGCACUUAAAAGUGUCCUUUUAACUUUUUGCUACCAUUACAACAGUUUAGUUGGUGUAUUCUAGCAGAACUUAGAGAGGCAUGUAUGCACUAUCUGCUAAAUGUAUUGCAAAUCAUCUGUGCAUGUCUGACAAGAUAUGUAUUUAUAGGAUGGUGUUACAAGGGGUCAAAUUAACUUUGAAAAUGUGACAACAUUAUUACCUUACAAACAAGUUACUAUCCAUUUUAUAGGAGAAGUAUUGUAGUUGAAUACAAUAGCCAGACUUUAGCAGGUUUGGAUAUGGAACAUUACCCACACCUAUAAAAUCUCUACAGAAUCCCUUUCCCACAUGUAUUUGAUGAGUGAAACGAUCCAGAAUGUGAGGCUCAAACCAAGUACCUAUAAUAGCUCUUUACAUUACACACAAUUUGGACUAGACCUGCAGUACAAACAGUCAACAACAAAUCAUUUAUGUGCCAGCCAGGGCCUUAAAGUCAUAUUGUUUGAUUAUAGAGACAACUGAAACUAAGGUUUUGCUUUACUGCAGAGAAGUCACAAGUUGUGGCAUUGAGUGAAAAGGAAUAAACAGACGGCAUUGAGAAAAGGCUUUUCACCACUAGAGGGCAGAGCCAUGCUGAGAAAAACACGUGGCGACCAGAGACACCUGUUACUCCCUUAUAAAGUCUAUAAUACACUUCCAAAUGUAUGUUUGGAGCGCAUUUUUUUUAUGUUUACAGUAUGCAACUAAUGACAAAUCUAUACAUAAGAUGCUUUGCAGUAAAGCACAUGGUCAAUAUCUACACCAUCACUGCAGCCACGUUGUAAACUUCAUUAGCAUUGAAAGCCACUUUGUAGGCCUACAGACAAUAGCUUGUGGCCUUGCAAAGGUAAAUGAGUAACGCCCUGAUACCUUGUCACAUGAGUGACCUCUUGGCAUGGAGCAUCGAGUACAAUGCAUGGUUAGUUAGCAUUUCCCUUCCCAACUAACUGCCCCAGGUAUUUGAAAGGUUUAACAAAACUUAAGUUACUAUGAAACUCUUUGGGACCAUGGAUGCAUUGCACGUUUUGGACAUGGACAAUAUGCCGGGAAGUAGAUUAUCUGAUGGCCAAAUAUUACUAAAAUGCAGAAAUGUCUCCACCUUCAGGAAAUUGUGUGACCCUCUGCCAUUUAUCAACUGAGAUAAACAGUCAAAUGAGGAAAAGAGCAGUAGCAAUAAAACAUGUUUAA